UAAAAAAGAAGAAAUUGAGAUGGUCGUUGCUCAUAUCUAUCCGCCCCUUUCUCCCUGCAUCCCCGUUUUUCCUCCUUCCGGCGUCUCCGAUUCUCUGCAUGUCCCCGCGGACUUCCUCCUCACUGACCCACCAAGCUUGAUUCUUCAAAGAGCUCAGUAUCGAGCGAAAGCUGGGAUCUUUCCCGGGAAAAUUUCGUUGCCAGGAGCGAGAAGAUGUGGGGGUUUGGGGGUAGGCUUUAUUGGGGGAGGAAGGGAAGUGGUAGAGAGAGAAUCGAAGGCAUAGUGGUGGUGUUUGCAUGGAUGUCGAGCCAAGAGAGGCACUUGAAGAACUACGUCGAGCUUUACGAGUCCUUGGGGUGGAAUUCGCUCGUCUGCCACUCGCAAUUCCUCAACAUGUUCUUUCCUGAAAAGGCAACUCCUCUGGCGGUUGAAGUCCUCAAUGAACUUGUUAGGGAGCUAAAGAUCAGGACAUGCCCUAUAGUCCUUGCAUCUUUUUCUGGAGGGCCAAAAGCUUGCAUGUACAGAGUUCUUCAGAUAUUAGAGGGGAAAUGUGAAGUGCAGCUGAAUCAUGAUGACAUCCGUUUGGUUAAAGACUCUAUUUCCGGCUUCAUAUAUGAUUCUUGUCCUAUUGAUUUUACGAGCGACCUGGGGACUCGGUUUGUGGUUCAUCCAACUGUCAUCAAAAUGUCCCAUCCACCGAGAUUUGUAUCAUGGGUAGCUAAUGGCAUUGCCUCUGGUUUGGAUGCUCUCUUCCUGAGCAGGUUUGAAUCACAACGAGCUGAAUAUUGGCAGACUCUGUACUCCUCUAUUAACUUGAGAGCUCCAUACCUAGUAUUGUGUUCAGAAAACGAUGAUCUUUGUCCUUACCAUACUAUAAGCAAUUUCGCAGAAAGACUACGAGAUCUUGGUGGUGAUGUUAAACUUGUUACGUGGAAUGGCUCUCCUCAUGUAGGUCAUUACCGUUGCUAUCCAGUUGAUUACAAGGCUGCCGUGAACGAGCUCCUUGGUAAGGCGGCCGCAAUUUACUCCCAGAGAGGUCGAUGGCCUCAGGGCGGAAGAAUGGGUAUUGAGGGCAAACAUGAUGAAAUCUCUGGGCCAAUCUUCACCCUUGGGAGAGCAACAGCUAGUUCGAGCCAGAGUUCUCAAGGGUUUGCUCUCACCCUGAGCAAUCACAUGUUCUUGCCGAGCUCAGUUGAGUGUUAUGACGGAAGAAAUGGUGGAUCUGUACAAGAUGAGGGCAACGAAGGCAUGGUCCAUCUGCCGAGCCUACCUAGCAUCAAUGCUCACGGAGUACUUGGCCAAAUCCUAUUCGACGUGUGUGUUCCCAAGAAUGUCGAAGACUGGGACAUAAGGCAGUCGGAUUCCUAUUACAAGCACCCUCUGACUAAUACAAGGAGGCAUGCUCCGUUCAAUCCAAUCAAAUGCAUGCGCCGGUCAAGAUUGUAAACUUAUUCGAUUUGUGAAGUUGAGGAAGUUAUUUAAUUCGAGUGGUGGCGUGGAACGUACGUGAAAAAGCAAGAACUGGCCCAAGACAUGCUUUGCCUGAAAGAGAAUUAUAGAAAUGACUGUUUUCAGUGGAAUCGGUGUUUUUUGGAAACAAGGAUAAUGGGCACAGGAUCGGUGGUGGAUUUGAUUUGUGACUUGAAUUGUACAGCCACCGUAAUGAGAAAGCUUUCGACUCUGUAGAUCCUUGUCAUGAGAAAUAAAGAGGCUUAUGACUUUUAAUGCA